AUGGACUAUUUUUUGAACCAAAAAGCAUGGAUGACAGCUGAAGUGUUUUUGAAGUGGGUGCGGGCGCUAAAUCUCAAGAUGCAUGGACGCAGAAUACUUUUGCUGCUCGACAACGCUGCUGGUCAUGUUGACAUUGAACUGAACAAUGUGUACAUCCAUUUCCUACCAAAAAAUACUACGUCGCACCUGCAACCAAUGGACGCCGGCAUUACUCGAAACUUCAAGCUGAAGUACAAGAAAUUAUUUGUGCAGUGGGUGAUUGAGCAGACCGGUCCACAGAAGCGGUUAGAUUUGUUGACGGCAAUAAAAUUUGUCGUGGGCGCAUGGAACGCGGAUGCGGAUGCGACAAUUCGACACUUACUAGGAUUGUGUCAGGAAGCAUGA